UGACGUUUGUUUGUAAAAAUGAACAAUAAAUCGUAUUUGAAUCAACACUUUGAUGAUCAAUGCAAUUUGUUUAAGCCUGUAAGGCGUAAUCCUUUUGUGUUUAGACCGAAAACAUUGAGAAAACUUGUACCAUCACAAGCCAUUAUUCAUAAUGAACACAAAAACGACAAGAAAAGUUGUUCCACUAGUAUACUAACUCACCCAGACAAACAAUUGUCGAAGCCAAGAAAAACAACAAAAUCCGAUCAAACAUUUAACAAGAAUAUUGCGAAAAUUAAAUCAAGACCAGAUAUUUGUAAGAAAUGUGGAGAUGAAGUGAUUGAUAAACCUGAAUAUAAAAAUAUACAUCAUAGAAAUGAAAAUAUUGCUAUAACAAGAAGCUUUCAAGAAGCACACAUUUCCUCACAAAACUUAAACAAAGAAAUACCCAGAAAUAUACCAAAAAUAAACUAUAAAACUAUUGAACAGUACUAUAAAAAUGAGAAUUUUGCUCUAUCUACUGAGUCAGUUCAUGCAUCUCAAAGUAAAAACAUAAUAAAACCAUUAAGUACUAUAAAAGAGACAUCUGAAGUUACAUUAUCUAAGCCAAAGUCAUCAAAAGAUAUUUUAUACAAGAUACAAAUGGAAACUAUACCAGAAGAAAUGGGAUAUUACAAUUUAGAAAAACAGGAUAAUAUCAAAAAAAUAAACGAAUUUCGUCGAAGAAAUUAUUUUGAAUGCCAUUCAGCUAAAUCUAGAAUUAAAACAAAAGCUAGUACAACAAGUUUAGGUGAACAUAAAUGUUUAUAUAGAUUCUAUUUGAACGAAAGAUUAUUUCCAGUGCCGUUAAACACUGACUAUCAAAAUAAUAUUAGAUGUAUUGAAUGUAAGCUACCUUUAGAUGAGACUAGAGUAUCACAAUCUUGUAACGGUACAAUACAAGCUAAGGUGAAAUUAAAUAAUAAAGUACAAGAUAUGAUUUUAAUGCUCCCUGUAAAAGAACCUCUUAUAAUUAAGGAGAGAAGGAAUGAAAUUAAUAAUGUAAAUCCAGACAUUUUAUACUUUGGACUUAUAAAAUUGAAUACAGAUGGAAAUUCAUUGUUUAAUAGUACACAACCAAGUAAUUCUUUUGCAUUAAGAUACCAAAAAGGUUAUAAGGAAUUUGAAAAUAUACAAAGUUACAAAUAUGAUUGUAUAGAUAGUGAAGAUGUUAUAAUUAUUUAA